GCCCCUUGUGACUUAUCAUUGUUAUCAAGCUGAGCAGCGAGAGUACCCCUGACAAUUCUCGCAUGAUCAAACAAAUCAACUGUCCCUGGAAGUAGCGCUUUUCAAAUGAGCGACGUGGCUUGAUCUUGUCUUUACAACCAGCACAGAUCGCUCAGCGCCGCAAACCUUCUCACUUAUUUACAGCUCUCUUAAACUGACUAUGAAGAAGCUCCAGUGUCUGAUGACCUUCUUGUUUCUGCUACAUUCGUUUUUCAUGGUCUGCAGUAUGGCUGCAGCUGAGCCAGAGCCUAAGGCUGCUGCCGUGAGAGGAUCGUCGUCGGCAUCGAACAAGGAAAAAAGCCCUUAUCCGUCUGUCAACAAGAACAAGCAGACUUCAGCUGCAGAGAAGAAUAGUGAACGUGGGAAGAAAGGAGCGCCUGUUGACGACAGGUGGGUUAAGAACGGGCGCAAAUGUUAUCAUUUGCGAGUACAAAUGCAAGCAGUCUUAGACAAGCUUCGUCGUACAACAGCAGAAGCUUGUCAAAGGGACUGCAAGAAUGAAAUCAAAACUCGUGCAAUUGACAUUCACAGGGCUUUCACCACGAAUCACAGCCCUGAUCGCUGCUAUGUGUCGAGACCAUGUAUGACUUUGAGGGCAAUUCGCGUGAUGGCGCCUACAUGCUCUGCAAAGCAAGCGAUGGCUAAUCCUGUCUGCCUUUUGGCAGAAUGUCUUUGUUCGGUCACGGUGAACAUUUGGCGUAUCAAGCCAUUUGGUACAGGAGAUGACGAUUGGAUUGCCGAAGCUCAACUUACAAGUGACCGACAGCCUGGAGUGCGUUCAGUUCCGAACUGUCAUCCUAAGAAAGUGCUUUCGAAUCGGGCGUUCCAUGCUCACCGGUGGGAAACGCGUAAAGACCCAUCUUCAGCUGUUGUGAGCACCAACCUCUCUUGCGACGAUUUAUCACCAGAAGAACAAAGGUGUGACUGCAAGGGCAAUAGUGACGGUACUUGUCAAACCGUCGAUCUCUUCGAAGCCUCUGAAUGCGCGGAAUCAGAUGGGACUUGCCAAUGUGCGGCGCGAGAUAGUCAACAUCUAGCUGGCACUGAAGACGUGAGUUCCACCGUAGGUGCAGCUGCAGUUGACGAGUCUACGGUUGUUGAAGACUUGUACCUUGAGAUACAGCGCUAUCUCGACGACGACGAAUGAAAG